ACAGUGGAGCAGACAGGCACACUAGAUUCUUUUUCUCUCUACUCUCUCUCUUCAUCAACUCUAUUUUCCGCCCAGCGGUGGACUCGCCGGAAUUCCAUUUUCCGGCCAAAACCAUUCCAUCUAAUCCAAUAAUCAUUCGAUCUCUUAUAAACAUUUACAGGAACAAUUUACACUACUCAAUGCCAAUUUCUCUUUGCAUGGCACGGUGUUUUUCCCUAAUCCUGCUUAUUUUCACGAUUCACAAAGUUACGCGCACAUAGAACUCGAACAGUCACUCACAAGUUCGCACAUACAAUAUACACUUCUAUAUAUACAGUGUGAAGAUGACAGUGUACGAUGCGACGUUUGUGAACAGAGAACUCUCUAAGAGGACAUCGAUCUUCGGGUUGCAUCUAUGGGCGGUCAUUGGAAUAGUCGUCGGAGCUGUUAUAGUCCUCAUCCUUUUUCUUUUUUCACUUUGCAUUACCGCCUCUCGCCGCCGCAGCAGCAAGCACAAACUCUACCGCCCAGCGAAGCUCUCCGGCGCCAAAGAGCACACCCCCGUCAUCUCCAAAGAAAUCCAGGAGAUCGUCCAUGACGCGGCCCCUGAUCAUCGCCCCAUCGUCCCUCAGGCUUUGCCGGAGAUACAGAUAGAUAUGGGGAAGGUGGAGCAUAGGGUAGUGUUUUCUGAUAGGGGUGCAUCGAGCGGCGAGAGUCGGGCCACAAGUGGGGCUGACACCGGGUCAUUUGGUGGUAGUGGGGCAUUACCAGAGGUGUCACAUUUGGGGUGGGGAAGGUGGUAUACUUUGAGAGAGCUUGAGGCAGCUACGAAUUGUUUAGCUGAUGAGAAUGUGAUUGGUGAAGGUGGGUAUGGUAUUGUGUAUUAUGGUGUAUUGGCUGACAACACCAAGGUCGCCAUAAAGAAUUUGUUAAACAACAGGGGCCAAGCUGAGAAAGAGUUUAAGGUGGAGGUUGAAGCUAUCGGACGUGUCAGACACAAGAAUCUUGUGCGGUUGCUAGGUUACUGCGUUGAAGGAGCUUACAGGAUGCUUGUCUAUGAAUAUGUGGAUAACGGAAAUUUAGACCAAUGGCUGCAUGGAGAUAUAGGCGAAGUCAGCCCUUUGACAUGGGAGAUUCGUAUGAACAUAAUAUUAGGAACUGCAAAGGGUUUGGCCUAUCUCCACGAGGGUCUGGAACCCAAGGUGGUUCACCGUGACAUCAAAGCAAGCAACAUACUGCUCGACCGUCAGUGGAAUGCUAAGUUAUCGGAUUUUGGGCUUGCUAAACUUUUGAAUUCGGAAAGCAGUUACGUGACAACUCGAGUGAUGGGAACAUUUGGUUAUGUAGCUCCAGAGUAUGCUUGCACUGGUAUGCUCAAUGAGAAGAGUGAUAUUUAUAGCUUCGGGAUAUUUAUCAUGGAGAUAAUUACUGGGAGAUCUCCUGUUGAUUACGGUCGGCCACAGGGAGAGAUCAAUCUGGUUGAGUGGUUGAAGAUGAUGGUUGGAAACCGGAAAUCUGAGGAAGUUGUGGAUCCUAAGUUGCCUGAAAGGCCUGCAUCAAAAGCACUAAAACGUGUUAUUUUGGUUGCCCUUCGAUGUGUUGAUCCUGAUGCCCAGAAGAGGCCCAAAAUGGGACACAUAAUACACAUGCUGGAGGCUGAGGACUUGACUUCUCGUGAUGAACGACGAGUUGGCAGAGAAUCUUCCAGUUCCCAUUGAGAAGAUAAGCCCAUUGGGCCAAAGUUGGUCGAUAAACAAAGUGGCAGAGGUACCUCUGAUGCUAGUGAAGGGGAUGGUAGUUGGAACAUAAUUAUCCAACAGGGUGGUAAUACAGCAUUUUGAAUUUAUUAUUCGAACUACUGCAAAAUUUUGCUGCUUAUUUAUUACUUCUCUUACAAGUUUUCUGGUUCAUGAAAUUGCUAUUGUUUAUCAGUUAGUUAGUUGUUGUUCAGUAGCAUUUGUAAAAAUGAAUAAACAUAUUUAUCAUUCUUAAA